AUGCAGCCCCGCCGCCCGCCGCCGCCCGCCCCGCGCGGGGCCCCGCGCCUCGCCGCCGCGCUGCUCCUGCCGCUGCUGCUACAGCUCGCCCUCCGGGGGUCGGCGGCGCCCGCCGGGCCCGGGGACCCCAGGGAUUCCGAGUGGUCCCCGGACGGGCGCCCGAGAGUCCUGCAGCGGGCGGCGCAGGCGGCGCUGCACUUCUUCAACUUCCGAGCCGGCUCGCCCAGCGCCCUGCGGAUGCUGACGGCGGUGCAGGAGGGCAGCGCCUGGGUGAAUCCCAAAAAUGACUGUAAAGUGGACCUGGUAUUUACCACAGAACGCUACAACCUAGAGGAUGGUGAGGAACGUGUGGGGAAGUGCUCGGCCAAAGUGUUUUUCAGGAAUGAGAAGCCUAGACCAGCCGUUAAUGUGACAUGCACACGAUUCAUAGACAAGAAACAAAAACAACUCCAGGACUAUGAGCUUUACAAGCAAAUGAAGCAACUGAAGAACCCCUUGGGUACAGUCACCAUUCCUGAUAGUCAUGGAUACAUUGACCCUAAUCUGAGACCCAUCUGGGAUCUGGCUUUUCUUGGCAGUUCUUAUGUGAUGUGGGACAAGACAACGCAGCUUUCAUACUACUCCAUGGCGCAGAUCAGCAGGGUGAAGCAGUGGAGCACCAACAAUAAUGCGAUUGAUUUUGAUUAUACUGUUUUACUCCAUGAAUUCUCAACACAGGAAAUAAUUCCCUGUCGGAUUCACUUGGUCUGGUACCCGGGCAAACCACUGAAAGUGAAGUACCACUGUCAAGCGCUACAGGCACCAGAAGAAUCUUCUGGAACUGAAGAAGGAUCAGCUAUGGUUCAGACUGAUCUUAAUAUUCUCUGAAAAGAGAUCUCUUUAUACCAAAUUCUAAACAAAAUGACUAUACUAGUAAAUAACCUAAAUCAUCUAGUGAAACAGUAAUAAUAUAGGACAUUCUAAUAAUUGGGAAAAUGUAUGAUUAUAAGUACAUACUAUGAAGGCUGGGGUUUUGUUUUUUGAUUGGAUUGGUUCAGUCUCUGGGAGCACCUGCAUACUGAACUCUGCUUGGUGCUCUUUAGUCAUCCCCAAGUUCCUAGUGUUAUCAGUCCUAACAUGGAAAGCCCAGUCACUUAGUAUCUGCUGCAGCAGGAUCAGUAUUUAAAACAAAGCAAAAAUUGACAGUCUCACCUCUAAGUCUUCAUUUCUCAUUAUUAUGAACAUAUUGCAGCCAAUUAUUUUGUUACUAAAUUGCUUCUGCCUAGUAUGUAAAAAAGAUAAUAUAUGUCAAAACAGCAAAUUGUAGGAAAAUCGUUAGAAAAAUACAUUUUAAAAAGAAUUUUACUCUUAUGAUUUCCAGCAAACAUUCCUUUUCAACUUGAUAGCUACUUUUAAGUAAAUGUUUGCUUUUCCAAAUAAAUGUGUUACAUGAGUUUGUAGAGAUUUCAUAGGCAAAAUUUGUUUUAAGCUGGAAUGAGAUGAACUCUUAAUGUUGCUUAAUUCAAAUUUUACAAAUAAAAAUAUACAAUGCAUUACUUAUCUAAAGUCUUAAUGUUGCUUAAUUCAAAUUUUACAAAUAAAAAUAUACAAUGCAUUACUUAUCUAAAGUCUUGUCCACAAACAUGUAUUAAAUGAAACAAUCAUGUAAUUGAGAGUAUCAAAUAUUUACAAAUUUCAUUUGGGUCCAAGACAAACACUCGGACCCAGUAUUGAUUGAAGGCAUUUAUAAAAGCAAAUACACUAUGUACCAUGAGACUCAGAGAAGUACCUCCCUAAGAAUUGCCCUAGUAAAUAUGGUCAUCAACUGCCUCUCAAAAUUAGCAUCAUUUAAUGGGAUCACUUAUAUUUGUGUUUAAAAACCUUUAGCCAGGUUCGUUAUUAAAGUACUUGGUCUGGAAGAAUCAGUCAAUGUAUACUCAAAUAUUACUUUUUAAGUUUACAAAUACCAGAUUGUAAAUGUUUUAACAGAUAUGAACUCUUACAAAAUAAAAAGAUGGAUGAAACUAUUAACUUUUUUUAGUAGAUCAAGUUUAUGUUUCUAUUUAGAACCCUAGCCCUUUGCAUGCGUCAUCCCCACAUUACUUGAUUUAGAGAGCUUAAGUAUUCUUAAGUACCUAAAAACAACCAUUUAGAGGAAACUCAUCAGAUACUCCACCUAUGAGGUAAUACUUCUGCUAAAAUACAGAUCCACUACAUUAAGUUACUCCAAAACCAAAUGAGUUCUUCUAAUUGAAAUUUCCUAAUCAUCAAAAACAGUGUCAAAAGCAUUAUAAUAACAAACUAAAUUUCUGUGAUCCCUAAUCUGUUCGUAUCACAUUAAGUAAUGAUUUUUGGAUCAAGCAAUUCUGAACAAUAUGGUAGAAUUGCCUGGGAAAGUCCAACUUAUUAUAGAAAUCAAAGCUUAACAUUUCUUUCACAAUCUCAAUGAACAUGUGAUAAAUUCCAACAGACUUGAAUUGAACCAGAAUUUACUAGGAAAAUGAAAUCAACUUGGCAGCCAUUCUGCAAAUAAUAUUUUAUUACUCAAAGCUGCAGAAACAUUAGAUGAACAGACAAGAAUAGCAUACCCAAUUGGUUCAUUUUUCACUCCAUAGGUCUAUAAGAAAGUAACAUUUUAUACUCUCAGGAGUAUUCCUAAGAGCAAGAAACAAGAAGUUUGCAGAAGCCACAAUUUGAUGCAAUCAGUUAUAUAUAAAAAGCCAGAAAUUUAGUUAGCCUUUUAAUAUAUUACAGUGAAGAAUCUGAAAAACACCCACUCUUAAAAUCACAUGUAACCCAAUCACAAAAAAAUGCCUUUCCAUUAAGAGAUAACACUCCAAGAAGUUUUGGGAUAUAAGCAAUUCACUCAAAUGUUCAGCAAAACAAUAAUUUUUUAAAAAAUUAAAAAUAUACAAAUACAAGACAGAGAUGGACAAUAAGACAAAAUUAAUAUCUAACAAAUUGUCAACAAAAUUGUUCACUACGGAGUCUAGGUGGAAGUUAUAUGGUGGUUCUUUGUAUUUUUUUCAGCUCUUCUGUUGAAAAUUCUUAUGGUAAAUCUGGAAGUUUUUACACAAGUUUUAAACUUAGAGGUUUAAUUGAAAUUAGUCUCUU